CUUGCAGGCAUCAGCAGCUCCAGGCACUCUGCGCUCGGGCCCCGGAGGGACCCUGGAUCUCUGCUCCCUUACUGCCAGAUCGGAGGAUUCCCCUUCAGUCCUAAGGAAGCCAUCGUGCUCAGCAACCUCAGAGAGAGCUUCCCAGCCCAGGCUCUGCAGGCAUGAGGUCCAGGCUCCUGAUUUCAGUGGCCCUCCUGCCAACCAUAAGUGAGACCUCGGAGAUGAUGAUGCUGGGAGGUACCCAGGCCAAAAGUGAUGAGCUCCAAAGUGAUCUUCUCUCAUCACAGAGCCUUGAUGACUACGUGAAGUCCAUCUGUCAGCUAGCCCAGCCCACUUCUGUGCUUGAUGGGGCCCAACGUCUCCCCUACAACAGGCCACGGAGGCCUUGUAAACUCAGAGGAAAGACCUUCAAUGAUGUGUCUCUAGCUUCACACAGUGAGAAGUCAUGCCCGACCUCAUCCCUACAAGACAUCACAGCCCGUUUCAGUGGUCAGAACCCCACACUGCCUCUGGGCAACAACACUGACCCCCUGGACUGGCUUUUUGGGGAAUCCCAACCAAAGCGACAGAGCUGGAAGGAUGCUCUGAGGAGGACUGGUUCGGCCACUGACCCUUCACCUCUGCAUAAACAGACUGAAACAGGCAAGUCCAGAGUCCCUCGCCGAGUCAGAUGUGAAGCCAAAGUUUCUGGGGGUCCCUUGGUGAAACUGUCCCCUGAGUGGGGCAAGGCUUUGGAGAAAAGAACUCAGCCCUCUGUGUUGAAUGCUGCUCUGGACAACUCUAGCAAUCCCCACCAGGGUAGGAUACCCCGAUCUUUGAACUCAAAUCUCCCGGUCAUUUAUGAACUGUGACCCCACAAAUAAAGUCUCCUGUAAAUAGC